UCGCCCCCGCCCUCGGCUCCUCUUAAUCGAGGUCCGCUGGAGGCUCGGGGCGCGCCGGACCGACACUCCUCGCGGCUCCUCCCCGGCGGCGGCGGCGGCGGCUCGGAGCGGGCUCCGGGGCUGGAAGGCAACGGCUGGAGGACGCCGGGCUGCGAGGAUUACCGGGGGGAGUGGCUGUCUCUCGGCCGGAGCCGCGGAGAGGGGCGCUCGGGGCGGAGGGCCGGCGCGCGGGGCCGGCGGCGGCGGAGCCAGCGGACACAGGCUCGGGCGGCUGCGGCGGGCGCCCGCCAGGAGCGCGGGCACCGGGCGAGCAGGCCGCGUCGCGCUCACCAUGGUCAGCUGCGGGGACACCGGGGUCCUGCUGUGCGCGCUGCUCGGCGGGCUGCUUCUCACAGGAUCUAGUUCAGGUUCAAAGUUAAAAGGCCCUGAACUGAGUUUAAAAGGCACCCAGCACGUGAUGCAAGCAGGCCAGACGCUGUAUCUCAAAUGCAGAGGGGAAGCGGCCCAUUCAUGGUCUUUGCCUGCAGCAGUGAGUAAGGAAAGCCAAAGCCAAAGCCGGAGGCUGAGUAUAACUAAAUCUGCUUGUGGAAGGAACGGCAAGCAGUUCUGCAGUACUUUGACCUUGAACGCGGCUCAGGCAAACCACACAGGCUUCUACAGCUGCAAAUAUCUCUCUACACAUGUUUCCAAGAAGAAGAAAGCAGAAUCUACAAUCUACAUAUUUAUUAGUGAUACAGGUAGACCUUUCUUAGAGAUGCACAGUGAAAUCCCUGAAAUUAUAAAUAUGACCGAAGGAAAGGAGGUCGUCAUCCCCUGCCGGGUUACAUCACCCAACAUCACUGUUACUUUAAAAAAGUUUCCAUUUGAUACUCUGAUCCCUGAUGGAAAAAGAAUAACCUGGGACAGUAGGAAGGGUUUUAUAAUAUCAAAUGCAACAUACAAAGAAAUAGGACUUCUGACCUGUGAAACAACAGUCAACGGACAUUUGUACAAGACAAACUAUCUCACACUUCGACAAACCAACACCAUCACAGACGUCCAAAUAAGCACGCCAAGACCAGUCAGAUUACUAAGAGGUCAAGCUCUCACCCUCAACUGCACGGCUACCACUCCCUUGAACACAAGAGUUCAGAUGACCUGGAGUUACCCUGGGGAAAUAAAAAAGAGAGCCUCUAUAAGGCGACGAAUUGACCAACGCAAUUCCCAUAACAAUAUAUUCUACAGCAUUCUUGUUAUUGACAAAGUGCAGAACAAAGACAAAGGACUUUACAUUUGUCACGUGAAAAGUGGUCCAUCAUUUAAAUCUGUUAACACCUCAGUGCAUAUAUAUGAUAAAGCAUUCAUCACGGUGAAGCGUCAGCAACGGCAGGUGUUCGAGACUGUAGCUGGCAAGCGGUCUUAUCGACUCGCUAUGAAAGUGAAGGCGUUCCCCUCGCCAGAAGUUGUAUGGUUAAAAGAUGGGUUACCAGCAACUGAGAGAUCUGCCCGCUAUUUGGUUCGUGGCUAUUCGUUAAUUAUCAAAGAUGUGACUGCCGAAGAUGCAGGGGAUUACACCGUCUUGCUGGGCAUAAAACAGUCAAACGUGUUCAAAAACCUCACUGCCACUCUAAUUGUCAAUGUGAAACCCCAGAUUUAUGAAAAGGCUGUAUCAUCAUUUCCAGACCCGACUCUCUACCCGCUGGGCAGCAGACAAAUCCUGACUUGUACCAUUUAUGGUAUCCCUCAGCCUACCAUCACGUGGCUCUGGCAUCCCUGUAACCAUUCCAAAGCAAGGUAUGACUUUUGCUCCAAUAACGAAGAAUCCUUUAUCCUGGAUCCUGACAGCACUGUAGGAAACAGAAUUGAGAGCAUCACUCAGCGCACGGCAGUCAUAGAAGGAAAGAAUAAGACGGCUAGCACCUUGGUUGUGGCUGACUCUAGUAUUUCUGGAAUCUACACUUGCAUGGCUGCCAAUAAAGUCGGGACUGUGGAAAGAAACAUAAGCUUUUAUGUCACAGACGUGCCCAAUGGAUUUCACGUGAACUUGGAAAAAAUGCCUACGGAAGGAGAGGACCUGAAACUGUCUUGCACAGUUAACAAGUUCUUAUACAGAGACAUCACCUGGAUUUUGCUGCGGACAGUGAGUAACCGGACCGUGCAGCACAGCAUCAGCAAACACAAAGCGGCCAUCACGAAGGACUACUCCGUGACGCUUACCCUCCUCAUCAAGAACGUUUCCCUGGAAGACUCGGGCACCUAUGCCUGCCGAGCCAGGAACAUGUACACAGGGGAAGAAAUCCUCCAGAAGAAAGAAGUGACCAUUAGAGAUCAGGAAGCACCCUACCUCCUGCGAAACCUCAGUGAUCACACAGUGACCCUCAGCAGUUCUACGACUUUAGAUUGUCAUGCUAACGGUGUCCCAGAGCCUCAGAUAACCUGGUUUAAAAACAACCACAAAAUACAACAAGAACCUGGAAUUAUUUUAGGACCAGGAAGCAGCACGCUGUUUAUUGAAAGAGUCACGGAAGAGGAUGAAGGCGUCUAUCACUGCAAAGCCACCAACCAGAAGGGGUCCGCGGAGAGUUCGGCAUACCUCACCGUGCAAGGAACCUCCGACAAGUCUAACCUGGAGCUGAUCACUCUGACGUGUACCUGUGUGGCUGCAACGCUCUUCUGGCUCCUGUUAACUCUCUUUAUCCGAAAACUGAAAAGGUCCUCUUCUGAGAUCAAAACUGACUACCUAUCGAUUAUCAUGGACCCAGAUGAAGUUCCCCUGGAUGAGCAGUGCGAACGGCUCCCUUACGAUGCCAGCAAGUGGGAGUUUGCCCGGGAGAGACUUAAACUGGGCAAAUCGCUCGGAAGAGGGGCUUUUGGAAAAGUGGUCCAAGCAUCUGCAUUUGGCAUUAAGAAAUCACCCACGUGCCGGACCGUGGCUGUAAAAAUGCUGAAAGAGGGGGCCACGGCCAACGAGUACAAGGCUCUGAUGACCGAGCUCAAGAUCUUGACCCACAUCGGCCACCAUCGAAACGUAGUCAACCUGCUGGGAGCCUGCACCAAGCAAGGAGGGCCUCUGAUGGUGAUCGUUGAGUACUGCAAGUAUGGAAACCUAUCCAACUAUCUCAAGAGCAAACGGGCCUUAUUCUUUCUCAACAAGGAUGCAGCCUUGCACGUGGAGCCUAAGAAAGAAAAGAUGGAGCCAGACCUGGAGCAGGGCGAGAAACAAAGGCUAGAUAGUGUUACCAGCAGCGAGAGCUUCGCAAGCUCCGGGUUUCAGGAAGAUAAGAGUCUGAGCGAUGUUGAGGAAGAGGAGGAUUCUGACGAUUUCUACAAGCAGCCCAUCACUAUGGAAGAUCUGAUUUCUUACAGUUUUCAAGUGGCCAGAGGCAUGGAGUUUCUGUCUUCCAGAAAGUGCAUUCACCGGGACCUGGCAGCACGGAACAUACUGUUAUCCGACAACAACGUGGUGAAGAUCUGCGACUUCGGCCUUGCCCGGGAUAUUUACAAGAACCCCGAUUAUGUGAGGAAAGGAGAUACUCGACUUCCUCUGAAGUGGAUGGCCCCCGAAUCCAUCUUCGACAAGAUCUACAGCACCAAGAGCGACGUGUGGUCGUACGGAGUACUGCUGUGGGAAAUCUUCUCCUUAGGUGGGUCCCCCUAUCCGGGCGUGCAGAUGGACGAGGACUUCUGCAGCCGCCUGAAGGAUGGCAUGAGGAUGCGGGCCCCUGAGUAUGCCACGCCUGAAAUCUACCAGAUCAUGUUGGACUGUUGGCACAGAGACCCCAAAGAAAGGCCGAGAUUUGCAGAACUCGUGGAAAAACUAGGCGACUUGCUUCAAGCCAACGUACAACAGGAUGGCAAAGACUACAUCCCACUCAAUGCCAUACUGACAGGAAAUAGUGGCUUUACGUACUCAACUCCUGCCUUCUCUGAGGACUUCUUCAAGGAAGAUAUUUCUGCUCCGAAGUUUAAUUCAGGAAGUUCUGAUGUCAGAUAUGUGAAUGCUUUCGAUUUCAUCAGCCUGGAAAAAAUCAAAACCUUUGAAGAAUUUUCAACAAAUGUCACCUCCAUCCUUGAUGACUACCAGGUGGACAGUGGCACCCUGCUGGCCUCCCCCUUGCUGAAGCGCUUCACCUGGGCUGAGAGCAAACCCAAGGCCUCACUGAAGAUUGACUUGAGAGUAACCAGUAAGAGUAAGGAGUCGGGCCUUUCUGACCUCAGCAGACCCACAUUCUGCCACGCCAGCUGCGGGCACCUCAGCGCAGGCCAGCGCAGAUUCACCUAUGACCACUCGGAGCUGGAGAGGAAGAUGUCCUGCUGCUCUCCUCCCCCCGACUACAACUCCGUGGUCCUGUACUCCACCCCGCCCGUCUAAAGCCUGGCUCAGCACAGCCUUCUUUCUAGAACCACAUGUGUAUUUACACCCCCAGAAAACUAGCUUUUGCCAGUAUUACGCAUGUAGAAAUCGACACCUUUUCCUUUCCACAGGAGCCCGCUGCUUUUCUGUGAUUGUUAAUAGUGCUUUUGUCUCUUUGACUAACAAGAAUGUAACCCCACAUAGAGGAAUAGUGACAAGAGAAGAGCACCACUGCCAACCAUCGCAGGACUCAGCGGGUGGGAGAAAUCCUUCCUCAGCCCCAGGACUUGCCUCUCCUCCCUGGGACCGCAGGGCUCUGGGUGGUUCAGGACACACGCGGUCACCUGUCGUGGCAGUAGACUCCGCGGGCCAGCAAGGCCUGUGAUGCCAAAGGUGUGGCUCUGGGGUCCUGCAGCAGCAGACACGGCAGUGAGGGGGGAGGAGGAGGAGGAAGGGAGAGACGAGGGAUUUGAGCUGCGCCUCGUGGGGAGGGAGUGGGACACAGACAGUGCCAUUGGGUCCACGUUCAAGAACCCAGCUGGGGAGCGGACAGGACAGAGGGGUGAGGGGAGGUAAGAAAGGCCAAACAUAACUUUUGGAACUACCAAGCAGAUUGUAAAACCUUAGCUAUGGGAGGAGUUCUGUGCCAUGUGGGGCACAGCUUUUGUUUCCAGCACUGAGCGUGGAGCUCAAAGCCGAGUCCAUCCCACCAGGUCCCCCAGUGGGACACGCUGACCCUGCGCCCUGAGCUUGGGAGGCCCCGGGCAUGGUGGCCUCACCACACACGCUGUUCCCAGGAAGCUCACCCCCAAGUGAGUCUGGUCUGUUAGGUCACCUGUUAGUCUUAAGGCCACAUUUUUGAAGAUAAUAUCAGAUUCUAUUUUGAGUACUAAUAUAUAGUCAAGACACUUAGCUCAGUUUUUUUAUUAACCUGUUUCAUACAGUUAGUUAUUAAAGGAAGCUGAGGAGAAGGAAAACAGUCUUGUGGACCCAAACUAGAAUAGAUGGAGAAAAAGAGAGAAGGUGGAGUGAAAACCCCACCUCCACACCAACCAGACCAACUCCCUGAAACCAUGGGGACCCAGGGACAGAAGUCAACCACGUGUCCUUCUUAUUCACUGGGGACCCCGCUCUCUCACGCCUGUCUCCUGGACAGAAGAGCAUUAACCAAUGUCUAUUAAGCACUUUACGCUCCUUGAGGAAAAAGGUGGUAUGUAAUUUAUGCAAGAUACUUCUAGAACUGGGACUCAGGAUAUUAGUUAAUGAGCCAUCCAUAGGAGAACAGCCUCUUUUCCUCUACUUUGGGCCUUGCCUCAGGUCUGAGGAUGAUGGAAAUAGGGAGACAGGGUACAAACGCGUGCCUACGUCUCAGGGUCGAGAGGCCCUGGACCCCUCACUGGCUCUGCCUGAUGCUGUGUGUUUAGGACGUGCGCACCUUCUGGGGCCAGUGGGAGCCGGACAGGCCACAGGGAAUCGCUGCUCCUGGUAGAGAAGAGGAUGCUUCCCUGACUUCACUCUAGAAACUGAGACGGAAGUGACAGACGGGCUGUGCUUCCUGCCCCACGUGUCAGUCUUGCUUCGAGGCGCAUCGUAGGAAGAGAAGGGAGAGCGCGCACAUCCCCAGCGAGACAGCGGCCGCUCCGGGGGGGGGGCUCUGCUGGAGGGGCCUCUGGCCACCAACAGCCAAGUUCAAACAGAAUCGGGCCAGGGCCAGAGGAGAGGGAAAGUCUUCUUCCUCUUUACAAGCACACGAGCACCUGUGACCCCUGGCAACAGUAGAAAUCAGGUAACCGGGAGGUGGUUAAACAGGGAAAAUAAAAGAUUCUCUAGUUUUUUCAAAUCCAUUAAGGAUCCAACAAUUAGGGAAAACAAAGAAAAACCUUAGUUAUACAUAUAAUGUCUUGAUUUCAAUAAUCUAACUCUUAAUCCUUAAGAGGCCUUCGUAAUACCAUCUUUCCAAAAGACAAAGAAGCCGUUAGACUCUGUUAAAUUGGCUUCCUCAGAGACUCAGGUCUGUCCAUCAGUCCAGUUUUAUCUGGAGUCUUAAGACAGAAUGAAAACUGGAAGCUGGGAGGAAUGAGUGUAUCCAGUGGCAAAGGGCUUGUCAGAGACGGGUUCGUUGAAACAGCACUGAAAAUUACAUCACUAGUGGACGGAUGGUAUUACUAGACCCAUUUGUCAUUUCUGACAAAAAUGGUUGGCAUGAACAAUUAGGGGACGGCACUCCCUUUUCAGGACUUGUGAGAUCGCGCACACGGAGCAGUGUGGGUAGGAGGGGACGGGAACCACGCACAAGCCUGUAUCUAGUUGGUCUAAGGGUGAUGCUCAGACCCGUGGAGCAAGUGUGUCCAAAUCCUGAAAAGGUUACCUAGGUCUUCCGGCUGUGCCUCGUUUCCCAGCCCAUAAAAAUGUCAAACAGGAAACAAAUACGUGUCGGCCCCUUUUAACUGAUUAAAGAAGGAGCACGUCUUUGACUGACAGUGGUAGUAACUAUAUGUAUAUUUGUAUGUGUGUGUUUUGUGCAGAACUAUUUAAGGAAACUGGAAUUUUAAAGUUACUUUUAUACAAACCAAGAAUAUAUGCUGCAGAUAUAAGACAGAAUCUCGUCCUACAUCUCUAGUCACUAUGAAUGUAUUU